UUGUGACGAGAGGAGUCUCACGUUUUUCCCAUUGGCAGAGGGAAAGUUGGAUCAUCGCUCGCUCCCAUUGGUCUUCCGUAGUCUCCCAUGGCGAAACACGAGGAUCUCCCGAUCCCAGUUUUCUCGUCGCUGGAGCCGGUGUACGGCGACGGCUCUCAGCUCGAGGAAGCCCAGCUCCGGUUCGACCACCUCCGCGCCAAGUUCCUCGAAAUCUUCGGCCACCCCCCCGACGUCUUCGCCCGCUCUCCCGGUCGAGUCAACUUGAUCGGGGAGCACAUCGACUACGAGGGCUACUCCGUGCUGCCCAUGGCCAUACGGCAGGAUACCAUCGUGGCGAUUCGCAAGCACGAUUCCCGGGAGGCUCAGAAGUCGCUUCGGAUCGCCAAUGUCGAGGAGAAGUACACCAUGUGCACUUACCCUGCUGAUCCCGACCAGGAAGUUGACUUGAAGAAUCAUAGAUGGGGCCAUUAUUUCAUUUGCGGAUACAAAGGCUUCUACGAAUAUGCAAAAUCAAAAGGAAUUAAUAUUGGUGAACCUGUUGGACUCGAUGUUAUUGUCGAUGGAACAGUUCCUACAGGCUCUGGAUUAUCGAGCUCUGCUGCAUUUGUUUGUUCUUCUACGAUUGCUAUAAUGGCUGCAAUUGAAGCAAAUUUCCCUAAGAAAGAAAUUGCACAACUGACAUGUGAGUGUGAACGACAUAUUGGAACUCAAUCCGGUGGAAUGGAUCAGGCCAUAUCUGUCAUGGCAAAAUCUGGGUUUGCUGAGCUGAUUGAUUUUAAUCCUAUUCGGGCAACUGAUGUGCAACUUCCUGCUGGAGGGACUUUCGUAAUAGCUCACUCUCUGGCAGAAUCUCAAAAGGCUGUUACUGCUGCUACCAACUACAACAAUAGAGUCGUGGAGUGUCGAUUAGCUGCGAUUGUGCUUGCGAUAAAGCUAGGAAUGAAGCCACAAGAGGCUAUCACCAAAGUUAAAACUCUUUCUGAUGUUGAAGAGCUGUGUGUAUCAUUUGCCAGCAGUCACGGUUCUUCAGAUCCCGCAGUUGCCGUGAAGGAAUUUCUGAAAGAGGAGCCAUAUGGUGCAGAGGAUAUCGAGAAGAUCACUGAGGAAGAUCUUCCAUCAGUUUUGGGCCAUUCUCCAACUUCUUUGGAUGUGUUAAAAGCUGCCAAGCAUUUCAAAUUACACCAGAGAGCGUCUCAUGUCUAUUCCGAAGCGAAGCGGGUUUAUGCUUUCAAAGACACUGUUUCAUCUAAGUUGAGUGACGAAGACAUGCUUAAGAAGCUCGGCGACCUCAUGAAUGAGAGCCACUACAGCUGCAGCGUUUUGUAUGAGUGCAGCUGCCCUGAACUGGAGGAGCUCGUGAAAAUAUGCCGGGAAAAUGGGGCUCUUGGGGCAAGGCUCACCGGAGCAGGCUGGGGUGGCUGUGCAGUUGCUCUCGUGAAAGAGAACAUCGUUCCCCAAUUCAUUCUCAACUUGAAGGAGAGCUUCUACCAAUCGAGGAUCGACAAGGGACUGAUCAACAAGAACGACUUUGGGCUUUAUGUGUUUGCUUCCAAGCCUUCUAGUGGUGCCGCUAUCUUCAAAUUCUAGCCUUGUCCAUUUGAUUCACCCCGUCAAUGAGGCUCAUUUGGUUUUCAUGAUUCCCAAAUGUGUGCCCCCGGUGUCUGUUAUCGAUUACAUCGGAUUGCCCGGAAUCAUAAUGCGCUUUUUAUUCCGAAUAAAAUUGCACCAUUGCCAGAUUAAGUGCGUACUGGUCAAUGGGAACAUGGGUUUCACAA